UAUAUUGCACUGGGGUUGGUGGGAUAUCUUCAUGAACAUGGUUGAAUGAAACAGAUCGUGGUUUAGUAUGGGUAAUAUUACUCUCUCUGUGGACCAGCCACAUUAGAAUUUGAAAAGGAACUUUCCAACGUUCGUGUAUGGCUGCCACGAAGCAACAAAUCGUGUUGGUCGUGAUUGCAGCAGUGAUCGCCUUUUAUUUCUAUCCGGAAACGUCUCAAAACGUGCUGCAAGAUGACUUGCUGGUAGCUUUGAACAACAGUCACCUGAAUGAAUCGGAUGUGAUCACUGGACUGCUCGCCUCAGGCGUUCAGAAUCGGCAUGACGUGGUACGCUUGAAGAAGGAAAUAGCCUGGUGGUUCUUGGAGAACAACCCUGCCCGUUCCGAUGCCAUCACCAAACUUUGUAAAUCCACCAAGGCUGCGUUAGAGUUUGAAGGCUGGUUGGUGUCACGUGGGAUUCCUGUGGAUGUGUGUCUGGUGUGUUUACAUCAGCAUGGCAUUCAUAAUGCGGAAGACUUUGCAAACACCACUGCCAGUCAGUGGAGACAUUUGUUUCUUGACAUGCAGGCACACAAUCCAAGUUGUGAAGUCCUUGUGGAUCUAGUAAAGCAGGAGCGCCCACAUGUAUUUGAGGAAGAGGAGCUACUUGUUUUCGAGGCCGAGCGUGCCUAUUCCAUUUCCCUUGCGUCCAUGUUCUUCUCUCUAUUUCUAUGGCUCUGGAGUUUCUUCUUCUAUGGUUGCGCUUAUCUGCUAUUGGCAACCGCAUGGGCGGCCAUUGUUUUGGUCACUGCCUGGGGUUUGAGGAAGCAACAGCGUCGCUCUGCAGUGGAGCUUGCAAAGUUCACGGCAGCCACAUUCUUUGUCGCCUUCCUCCCGUUCUUCCUCCCCCUCUCUUUGUGUGACAUCAUUUCUAAGGCGAUCUUCAAACGGUCAAUCAGGCUCCGGCGGCAGCGAGAAGAGCGUCGUGCACAACCAGAGAGGCAACAGGCUGCUGUUCCGCAGCCAGCUGACCAAGGCCCGUCGCUGUUUUCUUCAUCCUUCUUUACUGGAAACUAUCUGGAUGCUAACAAGUGUCAAAUUGAAUGGUCUGGUGUGGGUCAGGAUUGCCAUGAGUAUGCUGUUGGCACUACAGUCACAUUCACCGUAAAGGCGUUUUGUCGCAACGGCAGCACGUUUGCGUUAAAAUCUGUGAAUGACGUGUCAAUCACGCUAGUGGUGAAUCAACAUGCUGUGCCAUUUUCCAAAGCCUUGCCAGCACAGCGCCUGCCAUCCGUAGUGGAUGAUGACCCCAGUACUGCGGACGAUAGCACCACCGGAGCUGCUGGUGCUGCAUCUAGUAAAACUAUGAGUGCCGAGACAACGGGAAACUCUGUAGUUGUGACAUUCUUCAGCCGCAUUGCUGGUCAUUAUCAGCUUGAUGUUCGGAUCAAUGGCAAGUCCAUGCCCCCGGCGAUCAAGAUAUUUGCCCCUGGUCCGCCGGAUGCCGGUCACAGUUCACUGAAGUCUGUGCGAGGCUGUAUGGCCAUUGCAGCUAACUCAUACCGCCAUUUAGACGUACAGCUGUGUGACAUCUAUGGCAAUUCUUGCAUCAACGUCGACAAGUCCAAGCUAAAGCUGGAUGUGUGCGUGGCUGAUCUGCAGGAAGGUGCCGCAGAACAGGAUGCACCUGCUCAUAAUUAUUUAGUGGAGAGUCAGCCGAGUCCUGGUGUAUAUGAGAUACUGUACAAUGUCUCUGCACCUGGCCUUUACGCUGCCAAGGUGCUAUUCGACGGCAAGCUCCUGCAAGACGGUGCCUUCUCACUCAUUUCCUUGACUGAGGCUGACUUGCAACAGGUACGUGAGAACGUCGAAAACAAGCAUCUGAAUGAGUGGUACGAGGCAAGAAUGUACAAGUCCGGCGGCCGUAAGGACACCUUUACCACUGUCUACAUCUACUUACUACCCAAGCAAGUUUGCAUCAAGGAAUUCUACGUUUACAUCAUCCCUCGCAAGCUGUGUGCGUUUCGUAUUCGGCCCUCGACCAAGAUGGUUUGCUCGCCAGCACCUGGCAGUGGUUCAGCAUCAGCCAGUGCGGCAUCAUCCACACCUUGCUUCUCUAUCAGCGAUGCCUGGCAGGGACCUAUCCAGCUGCUCUGUAAGAAACGUAACAUUGUCAUGGCAACAUUUGCCGAGCUACUAAGCCGCAGUCUUGGUGGCGGUGAAUCGUUUGAGCAGAAACGCACCCAGUUCAAUGCAUCAUUGCGACAGGAGCAUGCCGACUUCUCAAGCCAAACAGUAAACAUCACUAUCAAGAGACGUGACCUGCUGGAUAGUGCCAAAGGUGCUUUGACUCACUUCAAGAAUGGCUGGAAGAAAAAAUGGCGAGUGGAGUUUGAAGGCGAAGAAGGUUUGGACUAUGGUGGCGUGUCUCGUGAGUUUUACCACCUGAUCUCCAGCAGGCUGUUUGACGUCAAUACAGGCUUGUUCCGGCGCUUCAAUGUGGAGGAUUCACAAGGCUUGGUGCAUCCCAAUCCGAAACGACCAGGUAAUCUCAAAACAGACUACUACAAAUUUGCUGGCCGCAUCGUUGGUCGCUGUUUGCUGGAGAGCAGUCGCGGCAACGCCAUGAUGAUCAAGGCCCACUUCACGCGCUCAUUCCUGGCACAGAUCAUCGGAAUGCGUCUCAAUCACACGUAUUUUCAAACCGAUGACCCAGAGCUGUUCACCAGUAAGGUGCAGUACACACUCCGCAACGAUGUCAGCGACUUGGAAAUGGUUUUCGCAGAGGACGAGUACUCUGCUGACAACACAGUCAAAACAAUUGCCCUUGAGCCCGGCGGUGAAAAUAAGCCAGUCACGAACGAGAAUAAAUUGCUCUACCUUAACAUGUUGGCUGACUAUCGUCUGGGAAGGACAGUGAAAGAUGAAGUAGAAGCUUUCAUGAAAGGUCUCAAUGAGCUCGUACCGGACACUCUACUGGGUAUGUUUGAUGAGAAUGAGCUAGAGCUGUUGAUGUGUGGUGCAGGUAACAUCAGCUUUAAUGACCUGCGUGAGCACUGCAAGCUGACCAGCAGACAAGUCUGGUUUGUAGAAAAGGUCAUUCCCUGGUUCUGGGUAGUCGUAUCUAGCUUCACGCAAGAAGAGCUAGCUCGCCUCGUGCAGUUCACCACUGGUUCAUCCCAGCUGCCGCCUGAUGGCUUCUCUGAACUAAAGCCUCAGUUUCAGAUCUCACCUGCGCCAGUUCAUGGCUCUCUACCCACAUCUCAUACAUGCUUUAACCAACUGUGUUUACCGGACUACAGCAGCUGUGAGGAUCUUCAAAGAGCACUGGCCAUUGCCAUCAAUGAAGGUUCCGAGGGCUUCGGUUUGAUCUAGAUCGGAAGAGCGGUGCAGUGAGUCUAUCUCGUGGUAUUUACUACAUGUACAUGUUAUUAUCAACCACCACACCACGCCGUUGCGUACAUGUACUGUUUUUUGUUUGUUUGUUUUUUUGUUUUUUACUCCGAACCAGUAUGUAUUGUACAUGUGCUGCCGUUGUUCAAGUGGUGUAGAAAACGUAUGAUAAUGGCUGGCUUUCCUUAUCACCAAAUUUCAACCUGUACAAUGUUGCUGCUGCUGUAUCAACUGCUGGGCAGUGUACUCGCCUUUUCAAUCCCAGACUAGAGCAAGGACCAUUGCUUUGUAGCUAUAAAAAAAUUCGUUUUGCUGCUUUAUUUGCAUUAUCGCUGACUGGGGCUGGAAUCCUUGCAACUUACGAGUAUUAUUUUGACCAUGUCGUUGCCAUUGGCGAGCAACACAGGAAAUAGUGGCUGUCUGCAGUCAGCCAAACAUUUACCCAUUUCAUUAGGUGUACAUAUCUUUGGUUGCUAGCAUAUUUGUGUUACUCAUUUGUUGUGUUGGAUGCUAACGAAACGAUCUACGUGUAUAUCAGUUAGUUAUGAAACCAGCGUGACCUGGUCUGCAUGUGACAUGUCUUAUUUCAUCUGCUUAUGAAGCUUGUGUAUUCUUUUAUUAUGUAUGAUCUGUCCGGAACAGAUGCUAUCAAUCCAAUAUAACUAUGCAGUGUGCAUAAUAUUAUUUCUCAUCUCUCAUCCCUUCAGUGUUUGGCAGGAUUCCAAAUAUAAUGCAAGGACUUA